GUUCUCACAUGGAAACCAGCUGCGCGCAGGAGUGUGGCAAGGCUUGGCCGAUGCCCUCUGUUGCCGCCAUGGCAUCUCCCUUCCCCAAGCUCCAGCGCGCACACGGCAGCAGAUCGUGGUGCCCCUCCCUGCAAGCUCGAGUUUCCCCAUGGCGCCUGUCCCCGGGCAUGGGCGAGCUCCUCUCUGCCCUAUGAUUUUUUCCAUGGCUGUGAGCUCCCCCUGGCUGCCAUUUUCCCCUGGCUCCCUCUGCUCGCCCCCUUCCAUGGCGUCCGCCUCCCCUGCUCUUCCCUGCCCGGCCAGUGAACGCCCAGAUCCUCGCCUCCCUGCUCCACACGCCCCAGCCAUGGUGUUCUCCACUUCCCUGUCCAUGGCGUCCAAGUUCCCUGCGCCCAGUUCUUCAAUCCAAAAACAGCAGCAACAUCUACCUCCCCUUCCCUGCGCUUGCCGUGGCUGAGCUCGCCCCCUGCCAGGAGCACGCCAUGGCCGGAUCCCCCUGCCAUGGACGUCGCGCAGGAAGCCAGCGCCCCUCCCUGCGUAGUUCCAUUCCUCCAUGGCCGCGAGCUUUUCCCUUGCUGCGACUACCUCCCAAGGACAGCGCGCAGUGGCCUCCCCAUGGCAGUGGUCUGCAACAAGAAGUCGCAGGCUACAUGUUCGCUGUUUUGCGCAGCAGCCCCGACAUCUUUGCGCGCUGCCGGCUCGCUGUUUUGUGGAGCCCCGUGGACAGCACGCCGUCGACGGCCGCCGUGCGUUCGCUGUUUUGCGCAGCCCCGUCCGCGACGCCGUAAGUCCUCGCUAGACGUUGCCGCGGAGCCGCGCGCGAUGCAUGUUUUGGUGAAGCCCCUAAACCGUGGACGCAUGUGCAACCCGAAUCCGAGUUUGACAGGUUGAUAGACUUAUGAUUUACUAUUGAUGUGUUUCGAUUGAUGGCAUGCAUACAAAUAUGGUGUAUAUUAAUGUUGAAUAUGUGUGGCUGCGAUAAUUAUUUUGUACGCCAUAGGAAUUGGUCGCGGAUGUAUUAAUUGAUUGUUAAAAUGCUUCUUCGUAAAA